ACACAGCAGGUGCCAUCGUCACCACUUUCUUCGCCUUAAAUAACCAUUGUCUCUUCCAUUUUUUUCUGCACUUUCUCUCUCUUACCACUCUCUCUCUCUCUCUCUCUCUUCAUCUUCAUCCAUCUCCUUCCUCUUCUUCUUCAUAAUUCCUUCAUACCCCUCCCCGCCCUGUACUUCACCACCUCUCUAAAUUUUCAAUUCAUUUGAACUCUGAUUCGAACAAAGCUGGUGAGAGAUACUCCUUUGCACCAAUUUAGCAAUAAUUGUCUCACUUUCUUCCUUUAUUGUUGUCUUUUUGGCUUUCCCUUUUAUCUCAUCAUCGCCGGAGUUGAAACAGUUCAGAGAUCUCAGAGCACAUAUUGAUUCUUCUUAGAGCACAUGCAAUGUGUUCUUGAGGCGUAUUAUUCUAUUUGAAUCCGGAGGAUUUAUUGACACCACUAAGUUUGGGACGUGUCUCGGGUUGACUGGUGCCAGUUGCUAGGACAAAGGACCGUUACAUGUUUUCACUACGGGUUUUGUAGCAUUCUUGGGUGAUAGAUAAAGGCGUUCGAGAGCCUAUCAUUAAAACUUCGUUACGAUACCCAGUUAUACGAAAGGAACUAAACAUGUCUGUUCCAGCAAAAGUUUUUGAUCCUGCUUUUCAAGGAGUAGGGCAGAGAGCUGGGACUGAAAUUUGGCGAAUUGAGAAUUUUCAGCCUGUUCCAUUGCCGAAGUCAGAUAUUGGAAAAUUCUAUAUGGGGGAUAGCUACAUAGUUUUGCAGACAACACAAAGCAAAAGUGGUUCUUUCUUGUUCGACAUACAUUUCUGGAUUGGAAGGGAUACAAGUCAGGACGAAUCUGGGACUGCUGCAAUAAAGUCCGUAGAGUUAGAUGCAGCUCUUGGAGGACGUGCAGUGCAGCAUAGAGAGCUUCAAGGCCAUGAAUCUGACAAAUUUUUAUCAUACUUCAAACCUUGUAUCCUUCCACUUGAAGGAGGUGUUGCAUCUGGAUUUAAAAAAGUCGAGGAAGAAGAAUUUGAAACACGGUUAUAUACCUGCAAAGGAAAACGAGUUGUUAGAAUGAAACAGGUUCCUUUUGCUCGGUCUACUCUGAAUCAUGAUGAUGUCUUCAUCCUAGACACUGAAAAAAAGAUAUAUCAAUUCAAUGGUGCUAAUUCCAAUAUUCAAGAAAGAGCCAAGGCUUUGGAGGUGGUUCAAUUUUUGAAGGAAAAGUAUCACAAUGGAGUCUGUGAUGUUGCGGUAGUGGAUGAUGGGAAGUUAGAUACAGAGUCAGACUCAGGGGAGUUCUGGGUCCUCUUUGGUGGUUUUGCACCUAUUGGGAAGAAGGUUAGCACUGAUGAUGACGUGAUUGCGGAAGCCACGCCUGCUAAACUUUAUAGCAUAGCUGGUGGCGAAGUGGAGAUCAUUGAAGGUGAACUAUCCAAAUCAUUGUUAGAAAACAACAAAUGCUAUCUACUGGACUGUGGUUCUCAGGUAUUUGUUUGGGUUGGACGGAUAACCCAAGUGGAGGAAAGAAAAACGGCCAUUCAAGUCGCUGAGGAAUUCCUUGCUAAACAAAAUAGGCCAAAAUCAACACAAAUAACGCGGCUUAUUCAAGGUUAUGAGACGCAUUCUUUCAAAUCCAACUUUGGUUCCUGGCCAGCAGGAUCUGCUGCUUCCGGAGCUGAGGAAGGAAGAGGAAAGGUAGCAGCUUUAUUGAAGCAACAAGGUGUUGGUAUUAAGGGGAUGUCAAAAAGUACACAAGUAAAUGAGGAAGUACCUCCGUUGCUGGAGGGAGGUGGAAAAAUGGAGGUAUGGUGCAUCAAUGAGAACACGAAGACUCUAGUGCCCUCAGAGGGCGUUGGCAAAUUUUAUAGUGGAGACUGUUAUAUUAUUCUUUACACUUACCAUUCUGGAGAGAGGAAGGAAGAUUACCUUUUGUGUACUUGGUAUGGAAAGGAUAGCGUCGAGGAGGACCAGGCGGCAGCUGCUCGGCUUGCAAGUUCAAUGUCAAACUCGCUUAAGGGGAAACCAGUUUGGGUUCGCAUUUUUCAGGGUAAAGAACCACCACAGUUUGUUGCACUUUUCCAGCCUAUGGUGGUGCUUAAGGGUGGUCUGAGUGCCGGUUACAAGAAAUUUAUAGCAGACAAAAAAUUGGUGGAUGGAACAUAUAGUGCAGAAAGUGUUGCUCUCAUCAAGAUUUCUGGAACUUCUAUUCACAACAAUAUGGCAGUGCAAGUCGAUGCUGUGGCAACAUCAUUGGACUCCAGCCAUUCUUUUCUCCUGCAAACUGGAUCUUCCGUGUUUACUUGGCAUGGAAAUCAAUGUGCCUUUGAACUGCAGCAAUCAGCUGCAAAAGUUGCUGAAUUCUUAAAGCCGGGAGGUCCUUUGAAACAUGCUAAAGAAGGAACAGAAAGUUCUAUUUUCUGGUCUGCUCUUGGGGGAAAGCAAAAUUAUACCAGCAAAAAAGCAGCUCCAGAUGUUGUCAGAGACCCUCACCUAUACACAAUUUCAUCAAAUAAAGGAAGACUUCAGGUAGAGGAGAUUUUCAACUUUUCUCAAGAUGAUCUCUUGACAGAGGAUAUCUUGAUUCUUGAUACACAUGCCGAAGUGUUCGUAUGGGUUGGUCAGUUGGUUGACACCAAAGAAAAGCAAGCUGCCUUUGAAAUUGGGCAGAGUUACAUAGAAUUGGCUGCUUCUCUGGAGGGUUUGUCUCCAAAAGUACCACUAUACAAAGUCACUGAGGGGAACGAACCAAGCUUCUUCACAACAUACUUCUCAUCGUGGGAUAAUUCUAAAGCUUUAGCUCAGGGUAACUCGUUCCAGAAGAAGGUUUCUCUGUUGUUUGGAAUUGGCAAUGCUGCAGAGGAUAAAGCUAACGCAUCAGGCGACGGACCAAGGCAAAGAAGUGAAGCUUUAGCUGCUUUAAACUCUGCAUUUAGUUCAUCCUCUGGCCCGAAAAAUGUUUCUACAAGACCAUCCAGCAGAGGUCAAGGAGGAGGGUCGCAAAGGGCAGCUGCUGUAGCUGCACUUUCUUCUGUUCUUACUGCAGAAAAGAAGCCAGGUGAUUCUCCUACUGCACAUGGUCGCAGUCCACAAUCAGAAGAUCAAUUCUCGGGGAAAGGAGGCGAUGAAAAUUUCGAAGACAAGGACACAGGGAACUCUUCCCCUUCAUUUGAAAACAAUGGGGGGGAUUCGACCUCUCAGGAUGAUUAUGCUGAAACUGCUGUUCAUAGUACAUUCAGUUAUGAUCAAUUAAAAUCUAAGUCUGAGAAUCCGGUGACAGGAAUCGACUUCAAACGAAGAGAGGCCUAUCUUUCCGAGGAAGAGUUCGAGACGAUAUUUGGCAUGUCGAAGCAAGCGUUCUAUAAACUGCCUAAAUGGAAGCAAGACAUUGCGAAGAAGAAGGCUGAUCUGUUUUAGAAAGCUAAUUUAUUGGGCAAGUAAUGUUUGCUGCUUGUGGUGUCUUCCAGUUGGUCGUUUGGGUUUCAUGGCUGGUUUGCAUUUUUGGUAUUGAUUGUGAUGCAGCCUGAAGAUGAGUGUUUUUUUGUUUUCCUUUUUGUUUUUGUUCGUUGAAGAACUACUCCAUUGUUAUAGUUUCCCUCCCUGCAAGUGCGUGGUGUCUUGCCUUUGAGACAAGCCUGGCAGUUCAAUUCUUUUAUUGUUGGUACGCAUUAAUUAUGUAUUGUUUUUGAGUUUGUUUGGGGUUUCAGAUCUUUUGUAUGGCAGAAGAAAUGAAAUGGUGUAUAUGCAAAUGUAUAUGGAUUUGUGGACUA